GUCUGAAAAAACAACACUUCGCCAUUUCAGGCUGAAGGGGGCUGCCUUCUUGCUUGAGACUCUUCAGUUAGGGAAUUAGGUCAACCCUAGCCAAGGCGCGUCUGUGGCCACGGUACUUCGUUUGAAAACACCCCUGACUUGUGUGUGUGUUUUUUUGUCACAUUACACUUGCCAGUUGUUGUCCGAUGCGUAUUAUUUUGCUGGGCCGAAUGGUCUUUUCCAGCGUGGGCCCGGGCUGAAGUGUCAACUCGGUUGUCGGAUUUUGCUGCUAGCAGGCUAGCUGAGUGUAAACAAGAUGAAGCGGAUGAAAGGCACCAAGGAGGAGAGCAAUGGCUCCCCAAGCAAGAGCCCGCCAGAGGCUCGCAAGAAGAUCCGUAAACAGUCGAUAGCGGCCUCAGAGGCUGGCACCUCGCCGGACUCCAACUGGGCUCGCCUGCCCCAGGAGCUGCUCCUCCACAUUUUCCAGUACCUGCCAUUGCUGGACCGGGCCUACGCCUCUCAGGUGUGCCGUGGUUGGAACCAGGCCUUCCACAUGCCUGAGCUGUGGAGAUGCUUUGAGUUUGAGCUCAACCAGCCCGCAAGCUCCUACCUGAAGGCCACGCAUCCGGACCUCAUCAAGCAGAUCAUCAAAAGGCACUCCAACCAUCUGCAGUACGUCAGUUUCAAGGUGGACAGCAGCACCGAGUCUGCUGAGGCAGCCUGUGACAUUCUUUCACAGUUGGUCAACUGCUCAUUAAAGACGUUGGGGCUCAUCUCGACAGCCAGGCCCAGUUUUAUGGAGGUCCCAAAGUCUCACUUCAUCUCCGCCCUGACGGUGGUCUUCGUCAACUCCAAGUCGCUGUCGUCGCUGAAGAUCGAUGACACGCCGGUGGACGACCCCUCUCUGAAGGUGCUGGUGGCCAACAACAGCGACACGCUCAAACUGCUCAAAAUGAGCAGCUGCCCUCACGUCUCGCCAGCAGGUAUUCUGUGCGUGGCGGAUCAGUGUCACGGCCUGAGAGAGCUGGCAUUGAACUACCACCUCUUGAGCGAUGAGCUCCUGCUCGCCCUCUCCUCUGAGAAGCAUGUCCACCUGGAGCACCUGCGCAUCGACGUGGUGAGCGAGAACCCGGGCCAGCACUUCCACACCAUUAAGAAGAGCAGUUGGGACGCCAUGGUGCGCCACUCGCCCAAGUUCAACCUGGUCAUGUACUUCUUCCUCUACGAGGACGAGUUUGGGCCAUUCUUCAACGAGGAGAUCCCUGUCACACAUCUCUACUUUGGCCGCUCUGUCAGCAAAGAGGUGCUAGGCCGCGUGGGCCUCCACUGCCCCCGCCUGGUGGAGCUGGUGGUGUGUGCCAAUGGCCUGCGCCCCUUGGAUGAGGAGCUUAUCCGCAUCGCCAAGCACUGCACCCAGCUGUCAGCUAUCGGCCUGGGCGAGUGCGAGGUCUCCUGCAGCGCCUUUGUGGAAUUUGUCAAGAUGUGCGGCCGCCGCCUCUCACAGCUCUCCAUCAUGGAGGAAGUGCUCAUCCCGGAUCACAAGUACUCUCUGGACGAAAUCCACUGGGAGGUGUCCAAGCACCUGGGCCGCGUUUGGUUUCCGGACAUGAUGCCCACCUGGUAAAAGAGGGACUCGGCUGUGGCAGUGGCGCAAACUUAUGGAACUCCUGUGGAGUGAAGUGCAGGAACAAUAACGCAGAAACAUGACAGAACCUCUGCCUGUUGUCUUGAAUAUGGAAAAACUGCAGCUGAAGCAGACCUGCUUAGCCUCAUCCAUCAGGCUUCUUCCCACGAGGAAACCUUCUUAUAAAGGAGUUCAGGAUAGUGAUGACUCGGCACACAAUUACUUGCACUACCACUUAAAUUGCAGGUUUGCAGCACAGUACGGCAUUAAAGGGCAGUGUUACAAAAAGAUUGGAUUAUGCUUCUACGUAGUCACUAUGACGUCCCUUCCAACGCCAUCUUGGUCCUUUUAUCACUCUUCGCGGGGGUGGAGUGCGUGACUUUCAACACUCUGCCGAAACACUCGGGUUGGCAUCUGGAAGGGCCAAUACAGUGAGCAAACACAACUCUCGUCAACCAUUUAGCUUGUUAGCUUUGUCGCAAGUAAGCAAUGCCAGUUAAUGACAGUGUGAUUGGAUGUGAAACUAAUCGAUGCGUUACAUCAAUCACAUUUAUUGCAAAUAUUGAUCCCAAAUUGGAGGUGAGUGAAGGUGUUUGGAAAGGUGGGCUGUACAGCCGCUGAACGAGUCAUAUACGCACAGGAAAUAAAGUCCUACAAGCUGACCAAUCACAGCCUUACGGCCUGUGACGCUGUGACUCAGGGUUAGAUUUUUUCAGCGUCGUGUACGCACCUCAACACAGGAGCAUAAUCCAGGCUUUAGGUGGAAGGGUGUCCGGAUCUUUAAUGUAAAAAGCUGACACCAUAACGACAAACAUGGCCAUAGGAGAUGUAGGAAAACAGAAAUGUGUAAAUAUACGCCCAUUUUUGUUAUGUGAAAGUGUACAGUGUUGAUCCUUGUCAGAGAUUUUGCUUGCUCAUUCCGAUGUUUUGUUUUUUUCCACGCAAAUGUCUGCUUUACAGGCGAAUAUCGUCUAGUUUUUUUGUAGUAGAGGCAGCGUUUCCCUAAGCACCUUACAUGUAUACCAAAUGACGCCAAUUCCUCUGAAGGAUACGAUCUGAUAAAUGUAUAGAAAUCUACGACUGUCUGAGCGAGAUGGCUUAUAAUAGCCAAGUCAGUGGCUAUUUGCUUAUGAUGCACAAACUUCGCCCUGCGCUUUUGGGACGCUCAGGUGCAUUUUCGUUUUUAAGUUUCAUCUGUACAUUCAGCUUUUUGCUUCUUCCCGCCCGAAAAGCUUUUCCAUCGCCAACAUUGCAGAUAACAGCUAGCGCUCCUGUCCGCAAAAAAUCAGCGAGAGAAUCGGCAAGUUCAGGUGAGUUUUUUUUUUCCUUUAAGAAGGAAGUCUCAAAUGCAUCCGUAUAUAAAAACGCUGUGUGUUUGAUUGCAAUGAUAUAGAAAUGUACUUAUUUCUUUAUUUCACCCUGUCAGGGUUCUGUCACCUUAGGGCGCUUGCUUUUCUACAAAGCUAGAGCCGUGCUCUUAACUCGUUGAUGCCACUUUCCCACCACACAGUACCGGCUCGGCUCGAUCUGACAAUUGAGGAGAAUGUGGAUCUCCUGAAUUUACUUCCUGAGAUAUAUUUUAUCCAAGUGGAGACUAUGGAGUAUAAUUCUGUAACACUAAGGCAGCAUAGUGACAGGGUAAGCUAACAUUAGCAUGUGUGACCUGCGUCUGCUUUUGCCAGUGUAAAAGCGCCAGUAGCGAGGAGAGCAGAGUAGGUACUGUGCAGUGGAAAACAAGCAUCUUUACCAUACCACAUAGACUGUAUAUCUUAUUGAUCUGAAGAUGCUUCUGUUUUUUUUUAUUCAAAAAUCUGUGUGGGGAAAUUACUGUAUUUUGUUAAAUACAUGGAGUCCUCUAGUGCAUCAUAUAUCAACAGUGGAAUAUAUUAUUUUUUAAGAACUAGGUGACCAAAGUGCUCCUGUUCCUGCACGCUUGUGUACGUAAAUGUAUGAGUUACCUGGCCUGUAGUAACUAAGGGGAGAUGUACAAAUCACAAUAUUAAAUGAGCAGAAUUUCAUUGAAAAACUUUAUUUUUUAAUAUUUAAGUGUUUUGCUAACCUUCAGGACAAGACUGUAUAAGGAUUGGUAGACACGCCAUUUAGCAAAUGACAUUAAUAAUAUAGGUAAUGCUAACAGUAAUACAUCUCAAUGGGACAGUACACUUUUGCAAAUAUGUCACUAAAUGGCUCACGGAUCAAUCAAGCAUAGGUUGCCUGUCAUGACUGACAUGACUGUCCUUAAAAUGCUUUUGUUGACUUUUGGGGGGGAUUAGUUUUGGACGUGAUCGACUGCUAAUAAACGUUUGUGAAUGUA